CGCAAAUUUCCCCAUAAUUAUAAUGGCCUCUGUCGCAACCGGACAAAGAGGGACGAGCAGAGCAUCGCGCAGCCUGGAAGAUACCAACUAGGGACCGAAUGGGGAAUUGCAGUCAGUCACUACUCCAGUCAAGAGCCUCUGUGCAUCAGGGAAGUCUUGUCAAAAAGUCCACUCUGGGAAUGGGACCAAAGACCUUCAGCAGGAGCAAAACGUGCCAGUUUUGGGAUUUCCCUCUUAAAAGACACUUCUUCACUCCAGGGGAAUAAUCUCAGCAGAGGAAACAGGUGGGAUAGCACAUUACAAAUGGGAUAAAAGAGCUAGAGAGGCUUGUGAAUUGCCAACCUGCAGCAUUUUUGUGGCUUCCAUGAAUAGAGCCUAGUUUGAUUGGGAGCUUUAUGACAUGGUUAAAAGUGAGGUGUGGAGAUCCUGCAGAAUACAAGCCUGUAUCUGAGCAUAAAGCAGCGGAAGUUGACAAAAGACUGUGAUUUGUAAAGGAGCGUCUCUGGGGCCCUGGUGUAUGGCGCUGGACGGUUUUGAAGCAGACACACAACUGUUCCUGUAUCCAUUUGGCUCACAAUGGCAAAGUGGUUCAAGGAGUUCCCCAUGAACUUGAAAAAUGGUACUGACAGGAUCCGCUCUGCCUCUGAGUCCGGAUCCCAGCCGAGACCCAACAAAGCCGGACUUGUGGCCAGCAUCGGUACCAAAACAUCCAAAACUCGGAAAACCUCCUCCUCUGACAGCCCAGGAGGAGUUGGAUCUCUGCUAUCGGGAAGAAAUAGGAAAAAUUCAGCCGUAGAUUUGAACAGAAGUGGUGGCAGCUCUCCACAAAAGGAUGGCAAAGUCUGGGACAACCUGCUCUCGAGGAAAAUGUGCAAAAACUCCAAGGCCGACCAAUCUGUUUUUGAGGAACAACAUCGGCCUCUUAAGAUCUCCUCCUCUGCCAAUGCUUACAUUGGCAGACUGAUCAGAGUGGACAAGCUGGACAAAAGCCCCAACUUCAAGAGUGCUGCCAUCAACAACCAAGUGCCCGAAGUUGAGAAAACAGCCCCCCAAGGCAAAACAGAGGUGGUAAUCAUCCUUGAAGACUAUGCCGACCCGUUUGAUGCUCAAAAGACCAGAGAGCAGCGUGAGGCGGAGAGAGUCGGUGAAAACGACGGCUACAUGGAGCCCUAUGAUGCUCAGCAAAUGAUCACAGAGAUCCGACGGCGUGGCUCAAAGGACUUGCUAAGGGUUUGUGUGUUGAUGGAGGGCAGUGAGGGGCCUAAAGAGGACUCACUCGUACCUCAGCUCUAUGACGUCCCAUACGAGGGAAGCACAGAGAAGAGUGACAAGAGUCCUGGGACCAGACAUGAGCUUGACCUCCGACCUCUGACUGAGUAUGAGCUGCCCUGGGAGUUCAAGAAGGAGCGCAUCAUCCGGUCUCUGUCAGCUCAGUUCGACAGCCCAGAGUGGCAGCACAAAGAUGAAACGCCUCACCUGACUCUCACCAGACAACCGCAGCACCCCCCCGCGCAGCAUCAGCACCACCGGCAGAAGAGCUGGACUCAGAAGAUGCUCAAGUCCUCUUCGUCCAACUCGUCCAGCUCUGACAGUGAGAGCUGCUGUGUCGACCCCACAGUGCCCCUUGAAAGGCAAAGCUGGUACCAUGGCUGUGUGACUCGCCAGGAGGCAGAGUUUCAGCUGCAGUCCUGUAAAGAAGCCAGUUUUCUGGUCAGGAACAAUGAGUCCGACAACAGCAAGUACUCCAUCGCCCUCAAGACGAGCCACGGCUGUGUGCAUAUUAUUGUUGCCCAGACCAAAGAGAACGGUUUCACGUUGGACCAGAGCAGCUGCGUUUUCCCGAGUAUCCCUGAAGUGGUCCAUCAUUACUGCACACAGCGACUGCCUUUCAAUGGAGCCGAGCACAUGACCCUUAUGCAUCCUGUCCCUCGCAACCACUGAACCAAACGACUCUAACUAAACUUGAUUAUUACAAUUAUUAUGAAAGUGGACUAGAUUUGUUAUAUGUAUGUGUGUAUUUUUUACUUUCUGGGUGACUUCCUCUGUUUUGAUUUUGAUGCAAAACACGCAGGCUACUGUUUUGCAUGAUUUAUGGAGGAAGCAUGUUACAUCAGGCACUUUUAAACAAUUAAAAUACGUCUUAUAGAUGAAUGUGGAAGAGAUCCACAUUAAGUUUUUAUAACAUUACCACCUGCUGUGCCUUUACAGACUCUAGUGCCUAAGAGGAAGUAGAUGUGUCUUUUUUUAAAAUUCACUUUUGUGCCCUCUUGUGGACAAUCUGGUACAUCACAAUCUCCUGAACAAACCAUCAUUCAUUCUGAAAAGCUGGUAAGAUUUAAUCAAUGACACACCACAUCAGACUAAAAUGCUCUUAUCUGUAUUUUGUGGCAGAACUAAGAAACCUUUUAAACUUGCCAUGACCACAGUGCCUGAAGGAGCGUCUCUGUUUUACUGUGAAUGAGGGUGUUGUCUUCUCUGUGAAGCAUUGAAUGAUUCAGAUGGAUGCAAUGUGCUUUAGAGGGGCCUAACA